ACCUUUAUACCAACCAGCCCCAGUCAUUUGAACUGCUAGAAUCUUUCUCCAGAUACAAGUAUGGCUGACCGAAUUGCUAUUCCUAUCCUUUUCUAUGUGCUGCUUCUCUCUGGGGCUCAUGCUUUUGGACCCUUUGAUUAUUAUCGUUUUGUCCUUGAGUGGCCAGGAUCCAUUUGCAAGGCUGUCUCUGGGACCGGAUGCUGCAGGCCUACUACAGGGAAUCCAGAAGCUGACUUCCAUGUUAAGGGCUUGUACAUGUACCAUGGUUCCCAGCCCAUCACAAAGUGCAACAAUUCCAACUUCGACGUUAAUCUGCUAUCAAGCAUCAUUGGGGAAUUAAAGAAGUAUUGGCCCACCAUCAAGUGCCCCAGCAGCAACGGGCAUGCCACGUGGAAAGAUGCAUGGGAAUUGCAUGGAGUGUGUACAGGCCUAGGCCAAAAGGAUUACUUUGAAAAGACGUUGAAGCUCCGCUCCAAGAUCAACCUACUCUCGCUGCUUAAAAGGAAUGGAAUCGUCCAAUCCAUCAUCGACAGCUAUGAUUUCGAUCUCGUCAAGAACACCAUCCGUGAUGGCAUCGGAGCAUCAGUGGCGAUCAAAUGCACCAUGAACGAGUGGGGUGAAUUUCAGAUGACUGAGAUCCACAUGUGUGUGGCUAGGGAUGGCACUACAAUUAUUCAAUGCCCCACCUUGCCAAAAUUCAAAUGUGGCUCACUUCUUGCCUUCCCAACCUUCACCUUCGACAUGCUCAAAGAUACUUCACUGCCCACUAACCCCAUCAAAAUGUCUAUCUUUUAGUGAUCUCAGAUACAUGAUAUUCUACUAGAGGAUUUUCUCAGUAUGCUUGGAUUUUCAUUUUGUACAAGUAUGGCCCUCUAUUCAAUGAUCCAGAUCAUUGGUCUAUUCUCUCCCAACUUAUAUGGACCACUCCCUAAAAAUCUCCUCCUUGGGGCUAAACCGUCAACAAAUCUUGUGGCCUUAUGCAGUAUAUGUGAUUGGUUACUCUAUCUUACUUACGAGGAAUGAAGAUUAGGGUUAUGAAAUUAAAGAGAUUUUCAUGCAUGUUUCAUCCACAUUGGGGUCCAUUGGAUUAACGGUCUGGAUCAUGAAAAGGUGGGCCUAUUUUUACAAAGUUAAUAACCUAAGUAUAGUGUCAAUGUCCUCUGGUCGGUGAUCAUGUAUUUCCUUGCUGAAGUUGUACGUAGGCUAGUGUAGUGAGGUGGGUGUAUGUAUGCUUCUUGGUCCGGAAGAAUGGCCAAGUACCCCAUAUGUAUAAGUUUGGUCCCAGUACUUACUAAUGAAACAAUAAUGCCCCCUCCCUUUUUAGUUUUGUAAAAAUGAGCCCCCCAAUAUAAUUAUCCUUUAGUUAAGCGGUUUUUAUUAAA